AGAUAAGCUCCAUGUUUCGUUUGAAUUGAUCCAGGAAUAUUGUGAACAUUGUAUAACUGUUCAUAUUCUUUUUUUACAUUAAGGUAUAAUCACACUUCUAAAGCUGAAUGAAUGGCUGACAAUAGUCUCUGGUCUAUUCGAAGCAUUUUGUGGAGGGGUCUGUUGACGAUUAAUGCACAGAUUAGCGCUGCAAUAAUGGAUGCAAGCCUACAUAAGGGCAAACAGAAGAGAGGAAAUAAAGACAAAAGAACAAAUAUAUCUCAUACUGACGCUUUAUGGACACAUUUCGCUAUUUUUGAUGGCUUGGCAAAUCUAAGCAUGUCUGCUGGAAACUUAGUUGCAGGUUCUUUGAUCUACCAGUAUGGGUUUGAAAUCAGCAUCGCAGCAUGUGCUUUCAUAUUUGUUCCAAGCUUAAUAUCAAUUACGUUUCUUCCGGAGACUCAUAAACGGAAUUCAAAUAAAACUAAACAGUGCGAAUCUCAUUCCCAGAAAGUUGCUCUGAACACUCCAGAAAGGAGCAUUUGCGAGGAUCAUUGUUUAGACAAUGCCAACGCACAAUCAGACAAUCAACAAAGUAAACGUACUGCUGAGAAGCUGCAGAUAUGUAAACAUUUGGAUCCGGUUCUAAUCAUGCUAUCUGUCAUAAUAUUUCUCACUUCUUUGGGAGCUAUAUCAGAUGUACAGUACUUGUUUGUUUAUUUAAUGGGAGCUCCAUUUUUGUGGGAUGCUCAAAAGAUUAGCAUUUAUGUAGGAGUUGUAGACGUUGUUGGGUCGUUCCUAUCAGUAAUUCUAGCCUACUUUCUUAUGAAAUUCGAGGGAAAAAGAAAAACUGUUAUUGAAGUGAAAGCCUAUGAAACGGAAGAUGUAGAACGAUUGGAAAAUAUAACAAAUCAAUCAAAUUCUCAUCACAAAUUGGUUGCACUUGUCAUUGCUCUUAGCAUAACACUGAUACUGUUGAUUUGCAACAGAUUUCUAGUUGGCAUAGCCUAUAUGUUUUCCGUCCAAACUGCAAAUCUUCUUGUUUACAUAGCCAUCCUACCGAGAUUAAUGAAGUCUUUCAUUGUCCCGGUGUUGAGAACCAUGUUUAUAUUGUGUACUGCUUCCAGCAAACACGGUAUGGUUCAGUCAGUAUGUGGAUUCAUUGUGCGCAUCGGUCUGUUGACAAGUUUGAGUGGUCUACCUGCUUUAUAUGCUGCAACAGUUACCGCCUUUCCUGGGGCUGUCUUCAUAGUCGUAUGUGUACUGUUGGCCGUUGCACUUGUAAUAAAUGUAUUCCUGCCAGUGUGUAUUAAACGGCGAUAUCGGAGUGAUAACCGAAUGAACUAAACUUGCUCUCGAACAUAUAUCAAGGUAUUAUUAUUUCACCUACAUUUGCUGAAAACUAUUACAUCAAAUAAUAGAAUUUCACUUUCACAAGUGCUGUUUUUAAUACCUGUCAAAAAUAAAUAACACAGUGUGUUGUGGUAUUUUCGGUGAAAGAAUUAUUCAUGUUGAUAUACUGCCU